GAUGCAGGAUCAACUUCAAAAUUAUUCUCGCGACAUGACCAUUGCUAUUGUUGCUCAGGACGAACGUCGCAAAACGGAAAUCGCGCGGGUUCGGGAACGUUAUCAACGAAUGUUAUCGAAAAAAAAACAAGAAGCCGAGAUUCGUCUCCUGGAAAAAAGAGAGUCCGAAAGAAUUGUGAAUAUGCAAAGAAUGGAUAAGAAAAAUGAGUGGCGCAGAAGCGUGGAGCAAUAUCUCCUUGAAAAAGAACGUGACAGGAGUUCCGAAAUACCCAUUAAGCUUAAAAAAUCUAGAUUAGAGACCCCUUCUCUUGAGGUGAAAAAUGCCAAAAUACGCAAAGAGUCUCCAACAGAGAUCGCCAUACCCCCAUUGGUGAAGAAACCGAAGGAACUUCCGAACCUAACGAACCCAGAAGAUAAUUUAAAAUUUAAUUUUCUUGGUUCUCCCGUUUUUAAUAUGGAAAGUGUACUUGGCACUCAUCGAAGCGACAUUGGGAGUUCUGCAUUUUCUAGUUCAAGUGAUAGUGAUUCGACCAUUGUUUUGAUAGAGAGAUUACUGCAGAUUAAAUCAUCAGUAACUUCUCAUGCACACAAAGAAUAUAUUCUUCCACUGGGGGCAAUCGCGGAACUUGUAAUUCGACGAACAGACUUCAUGCUUAUGGGAAAUGGGUCGUUUGUUUCUGGACUGACGGAUGCGCUGUUUAGUGAUAACGCCGACCGUGGCGAAGGUCUGCAUCAUAACAUUGGAAUGGGUGUUGGGAUUCGAUUAAACAGUCGUCAAACUUGGCCGCCUGUUGGUGUUGAGUGGAAAAUGGCCUUGAGCGCGGUGAUAGUUGAGGCGAUCUCAUCAGAAAAAGGAAGUCAGGAAAACGAGGAUGCCUCAUCACCGGUUGACGCUUGGAAAAAUGUGAAAGAUUUGGAUAAUAUGCUCAUGUUUGGAAUUCGUAGCGGAGAUGCUAGCGAGUUGAGAGAAAGCAAGGAUCCAAAUUGGUUAGAUUUAUUGGUUGAUCAUUUAACUAUUUUGGAAGCAUUAGGAGCACUGGAUUUCCUUUAUCUUGAAUACAAGGCUCCUUAUCCAAUUAAUGUGAUAAUAACACCUAACGUAAUUCAGAAAUACAAUAUCCUUUUCACAUUUCUUCUACGCGUACUUCGACUAAGCAUAGUGAUCCGCCAUAUAUAUCGUCUCUCGCACGACAGGCACAAUCCUGAUGAAGAUGAUGGGGAAACUGCAGAAAACAUGAAUCUCAUACAUAGAUUCCAAUUUGACGCACAACAAUUUGUCUUUGCACUUCAUGGAUAUAUAUUUGACGUGGCGAUUUCAUCGACAUGGAAGCAUUUUAUGAGACGACUGAAUAGAAUUGCAAAAGAAUCCGAGUUCGAGUUGUCACGGGAACAUCUAUGGGGUCGGGACAGCGAUAGUGACUCUACGAGUUACGAUGGGAAAUCGGACGCAAAAUUUGAUGAGUUUGACGAUGAACCUGAAGAUGACGCUGUUGAAGGAGACGUCAAAGAUCUUGAAUCUUUGCGAGCAUAUCAUGAACAUGUCUUGGAUAGAAUGUUUUGUCAAUGUCUACUCAAAAAGAAACAGAAGCCUCUCGCCAAGUUUCUCGAUGAAAUUCUGAAGGUAAUACUCGAUUUCGCAAGGCUGUUACAAUUACGACGUUAUCGUCAGUAUAAUUCAGAACAACAAAGAGAAUACUGGAAUGCAAUUAAAAUUUUGUACAUAAAUUUUCGAAAAUAUACUGCGGUAUUAGUAAACUUACUCAUGGAGUUGGAAGAGAAGGGAGGCGGUAGGUUGGGAUUGGGGAUUAAACGAAAUGCUACUGGUCCUACGAACGGACAAUCCUAUCACGACAAAAUAGAUAAUAAAUCGGGUGUAGGGGGAUUCUUGCAAGAGUUAUUAUUAAGAUUAGAUUUCAAUGGACAUUACGCUAAUGUUUAUGCUAACGAAAUAAACAAGAAACCGAAAUGA